CAUCAGCAGCAAUGGCAAGAACCAAGCAGACCGCUCGUAAAUCUACUGGAGGCAAAGCCCCAAGGAAGCAGCUCGCUACUAAAGCCGCCCGUAAGAGCGCCCCGGCCACCGGUGGAGUGAAGAAGCCUCAUCGUUACAGGCCCGGCACCGUGGCUCUGAGAGAGAUCCGCCGUUAUCAGAAAUCAACCGAGCUGCUGAUCCGCAAACUUCCCUUCCAGCGUCUGGUGAGAGAAAUCGCUCAGGACUUCAAGACGGAUCUGCGCUUCCAGAGCUCUGCUGUCAUGGCCCUGCAGGAGUCCAGUGAGGCUUACUUGGUCGGUCUGUUUGAGGACACCAACCUGUGCGCCAUCCACGCCAAGAGGGUCACCAUCAUGCCCAAAGAUAUCCAGCUGGCCCGCCGUAUACGCGGAGAGCGCGCUUAAGACCG